CUCCCCGCGUGCAGCUCCCCGGUCUCCGGUACAUCAACUUAACGGAUCUGCUGAAUGUCCGGUACAUCAACCUAACGGAUCUGCCGAGUGUCCGGUACGUCAACUUAACGGAUCUGCUGAGUGUCCGUGACGCACGAGGAUCUGUGCGAAGAAGGACACCCUUUAAGUUUUCUGAAAAACACAUUUCUAUUGUUUCAAAAAAGUAGGCUACUUGUAGCCUAUUAAAUGGUCAAUUUGAAGGAAACGGUCGCUUGUCCGACGAGGAAGUGAUUUAAUGGGGACACACACAUAACACACUUGUGUGCAAGAUGCUGGCCAUCCCGAGCGAGGCGGACUCUUCAAAAGAAGGAUCGGAAGGAGUGUGUCGUCGCCGGUACCGGGCUGCAUUUUAAGUCCGUUGCCAUAGUAGCAUCUUUGGACUCAACUCAACCGGAUCAGCCUCCGGUUCAGAACCCGUGUCCGCGUGAAGGGAGAAGUGCCGGGACGUCACCAUGGACAGCGCCUAGGCUCAAGACUCUCCCCGCAUGAUGACGGAUCAUUUCUCCUCCUCCUUCUCUCCUCUCUCCAUCGCUAUGGAAACGGACCCUCUGGGCGGCGAGGCGGCGGGGGGGAACGCCACGGACGCGUCGACGUCGAGCGGGAACUUCUCGGGUCCGCCGCCGCCCUUCGAGAACUCGUGGAGCGUGGCGACCGCGCUGAUCUCGCUCGGCGUCUUCCUGUGCGGCCUGGUGGGCAACACGCUGGCCAUCUACGUGGUCCUGCGCUACGCCAAGAUGAAGACCGUCACCAACACCUACAUCCUCAACCUGGCCGUCGCCGACCAGCUCUUCAUCCUCGGCAUGCCCUUCCUCACCGCGCAGAACGUGCUCUCCUACUGGCCCUUCGGCGACUUCAUGUGCCGCCUCGUCAUGACCACCGACUCCAUCAACCAGUUCACCAGCACCUUCUGCCUGACGGUGAUGAGCGUGGACCGCUACCUGGCCGUGGUGCACCCCAUCCGCUCGCAGCGCUGGCGGCGCCCCCGUGUGGCCAAGGGCAUCAGUGCGCUGGUGUGGACGCUGGCGGUGCUGGUGGUGCUGCCCGUGGGCAUCUUCUCCAGCGCCCAGAACCGCCACAACUCCUGCAACGUCAACUGGCCCGAGCCCAAGGCCCUGUGGGACACCGUCUUCAUCAUCUACACCGUCACGCUGGGCUUUCUGCUGCCCCUGCUCAUCAUUUGCCUCUGCUACCUGCUCAUCGUCAUCAAGGUGAAGUCUGCGGGCGUGCGUGCGGGGCUGACGAAGCGGCGGCGGUCGGAGCGGAAGGUGACGCGCAUGGUGGUGGUGAUCGUGGUGGUGUUCGUGCUGUGCUGGCUGCCCUUCUUCAUCAUGAACAUCUGGAACCUGGUGUCCAUCCUGCCCGAGGACAGCCUGACCGCCGCCGCCUACUUCUUCACCGUCACGCUCACCUACGUCAACAGCUGCGCCAACCCGCUGCUCUACGGCUUCCUGUCCGAGAACUUCCGCCAGAGCUUCCGCAAGGUGCUGUGCCUGCACCAGGCCCGCGGGGCCGUCGCCCACGGCGAUACAGGAUGCCCCGGCCCGGCGGCAGGCAAGAGCCGAGGGGGAGGAGGAGGAGGAGGAGGAGGAGGAGGAGGAGGAGGAGGAGGAGCGGGGUUCCUGACACGGAACCGGCCCGACUUCAACGGACACGCGCAGAACACCCAGGAGGUGUGUCUGGAGGUGUGUGAGAACUCCAAUCGAGAGCUCCUCUCCACAGAGCAACAUCCCAACCGCCAAUCAACAGCCGAACCGCAGAUCAUCAGCCAAUCAACUAUCUGAUGAGCAGCCCAACAGCCAAUCACCAAACUGAUCUACAGGCCAUCAGCCAGUCAACACACUGAUCUACAGGCCAUCAGCCAAUCAGCAGUCCGAACCACAAGCCAUCAACAAUCAACAGCUUAGUCUGUAGCCUAUCAGGCCAUAAUCUGACCUGCAGGCCUUCAGCCAAUCACAAUCAAUGAGCAGAAGUGGUCAUCAAUAACAAGACCUUCAGCCAAUCAAUGAGCAGAAGUGGUCAUCAAUAACAAGACCUUCAGCCAAUCAAUGAGCAGAAGUGGUCAUUGACAACACUGUCCCUGCCAUUGAGACUGCAGUCCCUCGGCCACUGUGGAGCAGUGCUGUGUGUUUGUGUUUAUGUUUGUGUUUGUAUUUGUGUUUAUGUUUGUUAGUCAACAGACUCUUGUGCUGUAUUUAACCGGCCAGUGAGCCUGUUCCCGUAUUCUGAUUUGAGGAUUUAGUCAUAUGAAUGUGACUGUGUGUGAUGUGAGUGACAGCAGGGCUGUGUGUUGUAGUUGUACUUGUCUUAUGGAGGCGUUUAUGGACACUGAGGCUCAGACCUCCAACGCCUCGUCAUCUGAAACUGACCACACCACAGACUCAUGGCAGUGAGGACACUGACCACUGUGAAGUGGUCAGUUAGCCAAUCACAAGAGUGUUGAUCAGAUUCUUCUGACCUGUCUAGACUGUUGACCACAGACCACUGGCCAAUCAAACCACAGGACCACAGGUUAUUAGCCAAUCAAACCACAGGACCCCAGGUCAUUAGCCAAUCGAGCCACAGGACCACAGGUCAUUAGCCAAUCAAGCCACAGGACUAUGGCCAAUCUACACUUGGAACCAUAAAGACUCAUAAAGAUAGGUGUGUGUGUACACACCUACAAAUGACUGUUAAGUGUUGGACACUGGAUCAGAUGACGAUUUGGAUGAAUGAGGAUGAAAACGCCUCUGCUGUGUGUGUGUGUGUGUGUGUGUGUGUGUGUGUGUGUGUGUGUGUGCCAGACACACAGCAUCUGCCUCAAGGAGAACAAACCACUUCUCCUGACACACACGGCCGUGCUGAUGUGUGUGUGUGUUCCCUGUUUGAUUAGGACAGACUCCUGGGCUAAAUGUGUGUAUAAAGGAGUGUGUGUGUGAGUGUGUCUGUCCUCUGGGCUAAAUGUGUGUAUAAAUGAGUGUGUGUGAGUGUGUCCGUCCUCUGGGGUAAAUGUGUGUAUAAAUGAGUGUGUGUGAGUGUGUCCGUCCUCUGGGCUAAAUGUGUGUAUAAAUGAGUGUGUGUGAGUGUGUCCGUCCUCUGGGCUAAAUGUGUGUAUAAAUGAGUGUGAGUGUGUCCGUCCUCUGGGCUAAAUGUGUGUAUAAAGGAGUGUGUGUGAGUGUGUCCGUCCUCUGGGGUAAAUGAGUAACUAGAAGGUCUUGUAGCAACAGUAGUGUUGCUGUUGAAAGAACACACACACACACACACACACUCUCUCUCUCCUCUGAUUCUCCACAUACCCACACACACACACUCUUUCUCUCCUCAUACCCACAAACACACACACACACACACACAUAAAACAGACACACACACACACACUCUCUCUCCUCUGAUUCUCCACAUACCCACACACACACACACACACACACUCUCCUCUGAUUCUCCACAUACCCACACACACAUAAAACAGACACACACACACACACACUCUCUCUCUCCUCUGAUUCUCCACAUACACACACACACACACACACACACACACACUCCCCCCUGCUCUUUCACAGUCUAUUUGCGACAUGACUUCCUGGUGUGAUGCCUAAAACUCUGCCAUAGGACGAGCUUACCUGGUUACAGCUUACCUGUUGCCUGGUUACAGCUUACCUGUUACCUGGUUACAGCUUACCUGUUGCCUGGUUACAGCUUACUGUACCUGUUGCCUGGUUACAGCUUACUGUACCUGUUGCCUGGUUACAGCUUACUGUACCUGUUGCCUGGUUACAGCUUACUGUACCUGUUGCCUGGUUACAGCUUACUGUACCUGUUGCCUGGUUACAGCUUACUGUACCUGUUGCCUGGUUACAGCUUACUGUACCUGUUGCCUACACUGUUGCUUGGUGUGUUGUGAUCUACUGUAAUACAGGUGCUGUGGUGGCGAUGCCAGUGUGUGUGUGUGUGUGUGGUGAUGUCUGUGGUGGCGAUGCCAGUGUGUGUGUGUGUGGCGAUGUCUGUGGUGGCAAUGCCAGUGUGUGUGUGUGUGGCGAUGUCUGUUUGUGAUGUCCAGUAUAAAUGUAACAAACACACAAAGACGUCAGUGCUGUGGUGGCGAUGCCAGUGUGUGUGUGUGUGUGUGUGUGUGUGGCGAUGUCUGUUUGUGAUGUCCAGUAUAAAUAUAACGAACACACAAAGACGUCAGUGACGGACCUCCCACAUGAUCAACUGUCACUUUUCAUAUCAGAAUAAAUGUGAAAAAGAACCGUUAGUUGCUCAUUUAUUUCUGUGUGAAGAACUUAAUAAUUCCAUACCAAACCUUUAAAAGCCAGCUGAGCCCAAAUAUAUUCACACCCGUGUCCAAUCUAUAUAUGUAUGUAUAUAAUAUAACAUAAAUAUAACAUAUUAUAAUGAAUUAUUAUUACAUAUUCAUAGCCGUGUCCAAUCUGAAUUCACAUGGUCCAUUCUCUGCCAGGAUAUGACAAAGCACUAGACAAAAGAAAUACAUUGAAUUAAAUGUAAUUUGAGAUAUAAGACUGUCACUGUGUGUGUGUGUGUGUGUGUGUGUGUGCGUGUGUGUGUGUGUGU